AUGGAACCCAGAGCGCGCGCCGGCAAAAAUGUCGGCAAGAUGAACUUUUCCCACAAUGAGCUCGCUCAGCUGCUCUACGCGCACGGCGACGUCAAGAACCCGCUCCCCGAAACCGUCCGCGUCCUCGACGAAAUCCUCACAGACUUUAUGCAGUCCAUCGCCUUUGAGGCGGCCCGCGCGGCGCAAUAUUCGGGCCGCCAAAAGAUCAAAUACGAAGAUUUCGAGUUUGCGUUUCGCAAGAACCCAGCCUUCCUCGGCAAGGUGCAAGAGGUGUUUGAGAAGCAAAAGGAGAUUAAAAAGGCGCGCGAGAUUCUGCGCGACGCCGAAGAGGACAUCAUGAAGGAUGCGGCAGAAGAGGAGAAGAAGCGCCAAAAGGGAGAUGACGCAGCCGCGGCGAGCGUCGCCGGCCGCAGCAGCAGGCCGACCAACAAGGAGGAGGAGCUUGGUGAGGCCGACGACGAUGCAGAUGCUGAGGCGGACGCUUUGGGAAAGAGGAAAUGA